AUGAAUACAAGUGACGGCCAAAGUAUCAGUGGACAGGUGUUCCCUGGGAUGUGGCUUAAAGCUAGCCAACUGUGCCAGCGUUGCGUUAAUCUCAUUGAUAUCGACCUGAGAUUCUGGUCUAACUAUGCCAUUACCAUCGGCGCCCUAUACGAAGCACUGGUAGCACUGUUGGGAUACAUGGCACAGAACCACCAGUGCUAUAAUGAGGAAUACCACCACCGAAGUGAUUGCAACUGUAAUGAUAAUUAUCAACGCCUUGGAAGACAUGCCGGUUGGCUACCACUCCAUUUGCCAUCGGUCUGGCAUAUCCUGGUCCUCGACGCCACCAGCAAUGGUCGCCCUGUAAUACCAUAUAAUGUGGUGGCGCACCGGGAAGUUACUAUAGUACCCAAUACUAUGGAGCCGUCCGGUGCCAUGUUUUGGUACUUCGAAAAUAUGCCCGACUUAUCGGUCACUUGUGGACAUCGACACACCGGGAACUCGCGCGCCCACUGCCCGUUCCCCAGACACGCCACCCGUUUGGGACCUGGAGGUUCAUCGAUAGGACUCACCAAUCAGUUCAUACCCGUCCUCACAGGAAUAAAUGGCUAUUUGGUUGACCACUUCGACAAUACUAUUGAGCGGCCGCUCCGCGUAAUCCGAAUAAUCAGCACUAGUGGGGUCCCUAUUGCACUGGAACUGGACGUGUGUCGAGCGCUUCCUAUAGUCGAAUAUACCGGUGGCCUUGCAAAAGGUGGCGCCCACUUUGGCCAUAAUAGGGCGCCGGGCGGUCGCAUUCUGUUCGGCCGUUCCCCAGUUGACGUAACCGCCGUACAUACCGCCCGGUUUGACGGACAGGUAGAACGACGUGAUGGGUUGGGUGUCGUUGAGCCGAAGCCGCCACUUGUGUUGUCGACUCACAUUGAAUUGGAUGCACUGGUUUUGACCCCAACCCCCGUAUGCCGACUGAUAGUAAUACUCCAGCUCCGUCUGGUUUGUGGCGUUAGGUUCCGGUCUAAACCACUCGUGUAUGAGUUCACCCGUAUUGAAAUCGGUGGCCGUAAUGCCUAUCAGAGUCAGUGCCCCGCCGUCAUGCGCGUGGCGUUCGGGUACCGGGACCUGAGGUCGGGCGACCGCCAUCGCGAUGGCACUGGCUUUGCGAACAUCGGCAUCGAUGGCAUCCCGCAGUCUGUGCUGUCCUCCCGGGGCCUAAAUUAUGAGAAAAAGGUGAUGAUCUUUUAA